GAGCACUGCAGCGGCUGGAGUGAGUGGCUUGGGGUAACGAGUAGUAACAUUGUUUGGGUGUUGUGUCAUUUUCCUGCAAAAAAAAAAACCAUUUAGUAUUAUUCUCCGUUAGUAUUAUUUUAGAUUUGAGAGAUUAUACUACUCUGAAGUUUUUGCGAGCUGGUUAUAAAACGUGUGCACGUUACCUAAAGUUAGUAGUAAUCCUAGUUUUACCUGUCAAGAAAACAUAACGUUACUCGUUAUCUCAGCCGUUUGUAUUAAACCGUUGUACUGUACUGCGACAUUUGUCCAUAACCUCGGUUCUGAUAGUUAGCGUAGACGUGUGGAGCACUUAUUUCCUUCGCAGUCUUUUUGCUGGCUGACUACCAACCCGGGAGCUAAAAUGAGUGGGACUGUUAAAGAGGAGACUCGCAGUGUCUCUCCUCAUUGUCCAAAACCGAAUGAAUCGGAGGAGCCAGAAGGAGCUGCAAUGGAGGUGGCUGCUGCAGUGAAAUGUCAGGAUGAGGAGGUGGUUAUUACUAAAGAAAUGGAAGAGGAGGAAAAGAAUUUGAUGGAAGAGGGGGAGAGAAAAGAAAGAGAAAUGAUGGAAAAGGCCAGAGAGUCGUGGGAAAAAGACUCCCAAGAAAUGCGAUUUAAAAGACUUCAGCAUCUUCUGGAGAAGAGCAACAUAUAUGCCAAAUUUCUGCUUACAAAAAUGGAACAGCAGCAGCAAGAGGAAAAACGCCGGAAAGAAAGGCGAGAAAAGAAAGAAGCAACUCUGAAACAGAAGGGCAAUGACAAAAAGACAGAGAAAGUUGAAAGAAAGAAGCGAGAAAGGGAGGAAGACUACAAAAUUGCUGACAUCAUGUCUAAAGAGGAAAUUUUAUCAAAAGCCAAGAAACAGAAGAUUGAUGAGGAGGUUCCAAGCCAGAAGAAACUUGAGGCAGAAGAUAUAGAGAAAAUUAGCGACUCUAAUUCAGAUAUAAAAGGGCGGCUCUCUGAAGCUGUGCGGGAAAAUGCUAAACAUAUGCUUGACCCUGAAAGGAAAGUAAAUGGACAGCCUGUCCCCUCACAGCAGCCCAAACUCUUUACUGGUGGUGUGAUGAGGUGGUACCAGAUAGAGGGUAUUGAAUGGCUUAGGAUGCUGUGGGAGAAUGGCAUUAAUGGUAUCCUGGCUGAUGAGAUGGGACUGGGAAAAACCAUACAGUGCAUUGCUCAUAUUGCAAUGAUGGUUGAAAAAAAGGUCAUGGGGCCGUUCUUGGUUGUUGCUCCUCUGUCUACUCUACCCAACUGGAUCAGUGAAUUUAAGCGCUUCACUCCAGAGGUAUCUAUAAUGCUUUACCAUGGUUCCCAGAAAGAGAGAUUAGACCUUGUCAAGAAGAUUCGCAAGCCUCAGGGUCCUCUGAACAUGUGCCCUGUUGUUGUCACUUCAUUUGAAAUAGCCAUGAUCGAUAGAAAGUUCCUUCAGAGAUACCAGUGGAAGUACCUAAUUGUGGAUGAGGGUCAUCGAAUAAAGAACCUAAACUGUCGUUUGGUGCGAGAGCUCAAAACACUUCCAACUGAUAACAAGCUACUGCUCACAGGAACUCCACUGCAGAAUAAUCUUGCCGAGCUGUGGUCACUGCUGAACUUUCUUCUCCCAGAUGUCUUUGAUGAUUUAAAAAGUUUUGAGUCUUGGUUUGACAUCAGCACCAUCACUUCAGAUGCAGAGACUCUUGUGGUCAACGAACGGGAACAAAACAUCCUAAAUAUGCUUCACCAGAUUCUCACGCCCUUCCUGCUAAGACGGCUGAAAUCAGAUGUGACUUUGGAGGUUCCACCAAAGAAGGAGAUUGUGGUGUAUGCUCCCCUGACUGCCAAACAGGAGGCCUUUUACAGAGCUAUUGUUGACAAAACGAUUGCAAAGCUGCUGGGCCAAGAGAAGGAGGAGAAAGCACCGGUGGAGCUGUCAUCCUCUGGGCGACCAAAGCGUCGAUCACGGAAGGUUGUGGACUACUCUGAAAAGAGUGGUGACUCUCCCCAUGACCUGGAGAAAUAUAUUGAGAAAAUGCAACAAGAGAUGGAAAGACAGCAGAACAAUGUUCCUGUGGUGGACGUUCAGAUGCCUUUAGAUGCCCAGGUCAAUCUGAAACUACAGAACAUACUGAUGCUGUUGAAGCGAUGCUGCAACCAUGCUUACCUCAUAGAGUAUCCUCUAAUCCCUGGCACUGAAGAGUUUAAAAUUGAUGAACAGCUGGUGGAGGCAUCAGGGAAAUUCUUGAUUCUGGACAGAAUGCUUCCUGAACUGAAAAGAAGAGGACAUAAGGUACUGAUUUUCAGCCAGAUGACUUCUAUUUUGGACAUUCUGAUGGACUACUGUUACCUCCGAGGAUAUCAGUACAGCCGAUUGGAUGGGAGCAUGAAAUACUCAGACAGAGAAGAGAAUAUGCAGAAGUUCUCCACAGAUCCAGAGGUCUUUCUCUUCCUCCUGAGCACACGAGCUGGUGGCCUUGGGAUCAAUCUCACAGCUGCAGACACAGUGAUCAUAUUUGACAGUGACUGGAACCCUCAGGCAGAUUUGCAGGCUCAGGAUCGGUGUCACCGUAUUGGACAGACAAAGCCUGUAGUGGUGUACCGUCUCAUCACAGCCAAUACCAUUGAUGAGAAAAUCCUGGAGAGGGCAUCUGCCAAGAGGAAACUAGAGAAGAUGGUGAUUCAUAAAAAUAAGUUCAAAGGUGGAAAAGCUGACCUCAGUCAGUCCAAGAAAUGUGUGGAUGUGAAUGAACUGAUGGACCUGCUGAAGUCCAGAGAUUAUGAAAGGGCGGUGAAGAGCACCAAAGGAAAGGUCAUCAGUGACAAAGAUCUGCAGGUUUUGCUAGAUCGCAGUGAUCUGCUAGAUCAAGCCAAAAAAAGUGUUAAAAAGGAGAAGGAUGGAGUGUUCAGGGUGGUUGAGACUAAAGAAGAAAAAACAGAGAUCUGCUUGUCUUGAGUGCUCAGAGGAUCCACAUCUGAUGAUGGAGUAUUGAAACCAGUCACAAACUGCUGUUUAGACAAGUGUAUAGAACAAUGUUUGUUCCUACUGUAUCAUACUGUAUCAGCUGCUCUUGCCUGUCAUUUCAUUCUAAAAGUUGUGGAAUAGUACUGAUUUGAAUACUUGUAAUCAUGAGGGGAAAAAAAAUAUCUGGUUCGCUUUGCAAUGGCACAUUUCGCUGACUAGGUAGCUACUAGUCCCAGUAUAAUCACAUUAUUGGAGUAUUGGACCUUAUUCCUAUAGAAACCUCUGAAGUCCUGCUCAACUCAGUGUUAAAACCUGCCACCAUAAAAUACUUCUUAUCUCCAAGGAAUAUGGUGCAGUAAUGUUUUUGUGUAUUUUUCUUCAUCUUUAAGUGUAGUUAGCCAGUUGGUGCUGUGGUUGGUUUCUUCUUUAUGCACAGGAACAUACUGAUGGAGGUUUUCUAUCAUGUUUUAAUGGAAAGUUAUACUUAAUGCACCUUAAAUUGGUUUGUCACAUUUCUCUGUUUUGAAACUUUGCUGUAAACCCAUUGGCUUAUUUCCAUGUAGAAAUUAGUCACCUCAAGGCACUUUGUACAUCCCCUGAAAAUCCUGCUUUACAGAUGGACCAUGCUGUUUUGUUCUGA